AUGGCCAGUAAGCAUGCCAGCACUUACACUUAUUUUACAGGUGAACAACCUUAUAAGUGUCCACAGUGUCCUUACUCAAGUUCUCAGAAAACUCAUCUGACCAGACACAUGCGCACGCAUUCAGGUGAGAAGCCAUUUAAAUGUGAUCAAUGCAACUACGUAGCAUCAAACCAGCAUGAAGUGACACGGCACGCCAGGCAAGUUCACAAUGGACCCAAACCUUUAACUUGUCCUCACUGUGAAUACAAAACAGCUGAUCGCAGCAACUUCAAAAAGCACGUUGAGCUCCAUGUGAAUCCACGUCAGUUUCUGUGCCCUGUCUGUGAGUAUGCAGCUUCCAAAAAAUGCAACUUGCAGUAUCACAUAAAGUCUAAGCAUCCGCACUGCAGUGAUAUUACCAUGGAUGUAUCAAAGGUGAAGCUGCGCACCAAGCGAGUUGAGUUAGACAUUCCUGUUACGAAAAUGGGAAAAAAAAUGUCAGACAAGCUGCAACCUAAAAGAGCUGAAAAUCCAGAGGAGAAGAUUGUUCCCAAGCCUGAAAAAAGUGCAUCUGUGUCAAAGGAGCAAGGUUUCACUUCAAAGACUCAAAGGAUGAAGACACGAAAUCAUAAAGUUUCUGAUAACAAGGUCCCAUCGAAAAAAAGGGAAACAAAUGCAGAAAAGGUCAGGAAAAUAAAAGGUAGCAAAAGAAAGGUUUGCUCAACAGAUGUGUCUUUGCAGGAGAAGUCUGCAGUUGAGACCUAUACAGAGGUGAAAAAGAGGAAAGUAUGGAAAGCUAAAGAGUGUGUUGAGCAUGAUUCAAAGAGAAGCAAAGUCAAAUUAGAAAAGUCCUUGCAUAAGAAAAAUCUUAAAUGCAAGCAAAGUCAGAAGAAACACAAAAGAAAUAAAAAUACUCCUAUAAUUUCUGCUGAUGAUUCAGGAAAGAGUAAGAAACCUGAUCAGCCUGAACAUCAGCAAAAUCUGUUGAAAAAGAAAAGAGAUAACUCCAGAAGCUCUUCAUUUAGUAAUCCUAGUGCUGAAGAUGUGCAUAAGAGAGAUACCCAAGAUUCAGAACCAACGUUGGAUAUUCUGAUGACUGAAAUUUCAGUGAAUACUGCUGUUGAACAAAAUGAUAUGCAGUCUGCAAAAAGUACCUGUGAAAUGUUAUCAACAAUCUCGAAAGAGCCCCAAAUGUCUCCUGAUCAGUUAACUGACUCUAAAUCAGAGGAACAAAUGUUUAUUAAAAAGAUGAACAAAAGUGAGUUGCUUUCUGUAGAAGAACCUUCUGCAGCUAACACAGAACAAAUUUGGAUUCCUUCUCAUAGUUCUGGGAAGAAAGAAUAUGUAACUAACUCAGCCAAAGCGUGCAAUACAGAGUCGAAAGGGAUGAGUGAAGAAUCCAGGUUAGUUUCUGAUUUUGAACGAGAAAGGGCUGUUCAGGUGUUCAGUAUUGAAUUUCCUAACUCAUACAAUCCAAAUAAAGACCAGAAUUGCAUUGGUCACCAGAUGGAGGACCAGAUUAAUGCCAGCAAACAGAUGGCAGUCCAGGCUAGUGCCAGUGUGCAAAUGGCAGUCCAGGCUAGUGCCAUUGAACCGAUGGAGGUCCAGGCUAAUGCCAUUGAGAAGAUGGAGGUCCAGGCUAGCGCCGAUGAUGAGCUGGAAGUCCAGGCUAGUGCCGGUGAUGAACUGGAAGUCCAGGCUAGCGCCAGUGAUGAUCUGGCGGUCCAGGCUAGCACCGGUGAUGAGCUGGCGGUCCAGGCUAAUGCCAGUGAUGAGCUUGUGUUCCAGGCUAGCGCCGGUGAUGAGCUGGCAGUCCAGACUAAUGCCGGUGAGCAGCUGGUGGUCCAGGCUAGUGCUAGUGGGCAGCUGGUGGUCCAGUCUGACCAGAAGAAGUUAGAGUUUGCUAAUGUUCCAGCUCACCACGAUAAACACCAGGAUAGUGCUAAUGAGGUCCAGGAUAGUGACGCUAACCAGCACAAGCUCCAUUCUGGUGGUGAUAAGGUUCAGAAUAGCAAGCAGGAUCAGAACAAAAAACAGAACAGGUAUGAGAUGGUAGAAAUGGAUGAAGAUGAAGGUAUUCACAGCCAUGAAGGAAGUGAUAUCAGUGAAGAUUCAGAAGGAAGUGAUGACUCUGGCCUGAACGGAGCAAAGUCCAUUCCUGAUGACAAGACCAACAAAAGAACACUAGAAAAAGAUGUGAUGGAUACUCCAGAGAGUUUUGUUUGCAUAUUCUGUGAUCGCAUAUUCAGUGUGAAAGGAGAGUUUACCAAGCACCUUAACCGCCACUUGGUAAAUGUGUACUAUCUUGAGGAAGCAACUAAAGGCCAGGAAUGAGCAGAGUCUUGAGAUUUGGCAAGCUUUCCCAGAAUAUUAAUAAUUGCUGUGAAGUGAUACAGUUCAUACGAAUGCAAUUAGAUUUGGGAUGUUUUGCCAAAUCCCUCAGAACUGUUUAUUGCUGUAACUGCAUGUAUUUCCUGCUCUUUCAAGUUUCUGGCUCAUAUUUCCAAGGUAGUACAACAGCAUUCAUUCACACAUGGUGGCUAAAUAUGUUAAUCAUGCUUUGUAGCAGUUUAAUCACCACUGAUUUUGAAUUGUCAUUGCACUAUUAUUACUCAAAAAAUUUAUUUCAUUUCCUUGAUUCUGUUCCACCCCAUUGUAAAUACUUGGUAACACUGGACAUUGAAUUUAUUUUCUGUUUUUACAUGACCCAGGGUUUAAGCUGAUACACAAUGAUUAUUAUAGCAGUUCAUAAUUUAAAAACUCAAAGUAGUGGUUGAAUGAAAGAAAUUGUGUCAAGUGUUUGAUUUGGAUAUUUCUGUUGGCAAUGUUAAAAUGAAGUCCUCUCAUUGAGCAGUUUUGCAUUUUGUGGGCAUUUAAUGCAUUUGUGCUGAAAGUGCAUUUUAAUCUUGGUGUACAAUGUGUGGAAUUAGCCCAUUUUCAUAGAUUUACAUUGGCAAUAUCACAGUUUUCCCAUUUUAGUUUUAAAUCAUAACAAAUAUUUUUACAUUGACAGUUCAGAGAGCAUUUUCAAGGUAACAUGUUAAAAUAUCCUGCUUUUCAUUCAAGUCACUGAGUGAGCACUUUGUAAGAUGAUAUCAUAUCUCAAAUAUCUAAUGUUACAGGCCAUGAAAUUUAUUUAGGAGUUUGUAGCAAACAGUUCUCAGCAGCCACAGAGGAAAAUGAUCCAAUAUGGUGCUUUACAGCUUAUAAAAUUGCACGAUAUAAGUAAUCAACUAUGCAAUAUGAUUAAAUAGUGGUAGUUUAUAUAUAGUAAUGUUUUUUUCUGUAUCAUGUUUUUAUAUUUGUAUGUUUAACCAGCAUUUGGGACUUGACAAUUAACCAAACCACUGUGCAACAAACUGUUUGGGGGGAAUUGUCCUGCUAAAAUGCUAAAAUAUGUUCCACCUAUAUUGAGCAUUGACACAGUUUUCAAAAGGUGAAUGUCAAGCACCCCAAAUAAGCAGAGGUGUAAAAAUCACUGUCUUGCAUCCUUUUUUAGUUGAAGAGCUAUAUUUCAAGUGUGCUAUCUUGCCAGCAUUCUGUGUUGUAGCACGUAGAGCUGUUGGCAACCUAGACUUUCCUUGUGGCCAUUUGUAGAUCAGUUGUUAUAAAUGGAAUUGAUUUUGUCCCAAUUUAGUGAGGUAAUCUGUUUCUAAUUAGUGCACCAAGCGUAAUGGCCCUUUCUUCAUGCAAGGACCUGUCGCAGUUUUAAUGUUGCACUCAAUUCUUAGCCCCCUGCUUACACAUUGAUGAUUCUGUAGACCUGACAGAAUUAUUGGAAUGCAACGCUUUGAAAGAUUUGCUCACCUCUGAUUUACUUAGUUAGUGAGUUGGUAUGGCCAAAGAACACAAAUUACUGUGAUUACCUUGUGUUUUUUUUUCUUAUGACUUGAUGAUGUGUAAACUGUUUGGAGUAGCCACUUUUGUUAAAGAAUAUGGAAAACAGUUUAAAUGCUGAAAAACAUUUUCUUUGCUUUGACAAUCAUGUUGACAUACUCAUAUAUCUGUGAUCAAAUUACAACUUAAGUUCACAUAGCUUUUUAACUGUAAUUUGUUUAUUGUUUGUGGUACUCUUAUUACAGGUUUUGAAUACAGUUUUGUACUGUAACUUUUGUACUAAAACAUGAUUACAGUUAAAAAAUCUGUGAUAUUACAGUUUUAAUAAUGAAUGCUGUAAGAGGUCCAGAGGCUCUGCUCAUGCUAAUAUGAAGCAUGUUUGUGCUUUUCAGUUCUAGAGUACUACUUAACAUCCUCAUUUUGGUACUAAAAUGCUAAUAGGUACACCAGCAACCCUGUAUCUCCUGUUGGAGGUAGAUAGCACAUGACAAUAGAUAAAUAUUGUUUGCUUAAAAUAAUUAGAAACUGCCGUUUGUCACAGUGGAAGAUUUGUGUCCAACUUUGAAUCUUACUCACUCUCUAGAAAGAGCCACUUUAGCAGGAUCUGGGUUAGUUGAGAUGUAAUUUUUAAAAAAACAAUACUUUCCAAUUCCAGAUUUCCACAUAGUGCAAAAUGACAGCAUAAAGUACAAAGGAAAAAUGCACAGUAGCUACUAUUCAAUUCAGCAAUAAAGCUUUGCUGUUUGAUUUUUUUUUUGUCGGCUCCCUAGUAAUGAGAUCAUCACAAGACCAAUGACUAUGUUGUAAACUUUAUUCAAGAAUAAACCUUCCAUAAAAAGGGAGAUUUUCGUGUUCUGUAUCCAGGUGCAUUGUUUCACUUGGGCAUGGCAAAAGUUGAAAAAUCAAGAGGAUUCGAGUGGGUGAGUGAAAGGGAACUCGCCUGUUUUUCUGAUCUUUGAUGAGAAGCUGUAGAUUUAGAAAAACCUGCACACGAUUUACUGGGCAGCCAUUAAUUAAUUAAAGCUUCUGCAUAACCAAGUGAUCUUUUCAAUAAUAGACAGCAGCUUUGUUUUUUCCAAAUUUAUUAAAGGGAAAUACUUGCACGAUCAAUAAUUAUCUUCAUCGCACUCAAAAAUCUUGAUCCAAUGUAAGAAUGCUGGGAGUGACCUGCUAUAUCAUCCGAUUUUGAAAAUCUUACAAAGUGUUGAAUUUCUGCAUUUUUCUGUGUAAUAUUAAAAAUGUCAAAUGGCAUAUCUAGAAUUUUAAACAUUUGUUCAGUUUCUAUGCAAACAUUUGAAUUACAGUGGCCAAUGACAGUAGGAAUUCCUGUAGAUUCAGCUUUUGUGUUCAUGAUAUUGUGCCUAUUUUGGUAUUAUUGGAAUCUUGCAGCCCAUUGAUUCAGUGACAACUUUGAAAAAUUUAACACCUGCCAUUCUUCUGUUAGUUCCCCACAUCUCUGCACAUGUUUAUUUGCAGGUAUCCAAUAUCUUCAAUCCUUUUGAAAGUUACUAUUGAAUCUCUUCCAUUGUUCCUUCAGGCAGUGUGUUUUAGAUUAUAACAAGUAUAAAGAAAAUUUUCUUCCUUUCCUGUUUCUUUUAUCAAUUAUCUUAAAUCCGUCACCUCUGGAAACAGCCUCCAGGCAGUGAAAGCAGAGUUGCUGAGGCAAAACAAUCAAACACCUUUUCUAAAGCAGAUUGGGUAGCAAGGUUUAUAAGACGUCAACUCUUUCAAGAGGGGGCCCAUGGCUUAGUUUAUGAACCUGUUCUAAACUCAAAAAAUGCAACUGCUACUCGCGGUGAUCAUAUUUGCUACAAAGCCAAUUAAUUUAUGUGCUGGCACUGUAAUUUACCAGGAGAGGAUGAGAGAAUUGAAUGAGAGAGGUUGGCUUAGCAGCCUAAUUGCCAUGUUCUUGUUAAAACAGAAUGUGUAAUGGAAUAAAUGACUAUGUUCCUUUUGUAAUCAGUUUGCCAUUAGAUUUGGUUGGAAAAGCAGAGCACUCAAACUGCAUUAAAUCUGAGAGCAUAACAGCUGUUUGACCUUGACCUAAGACAUAAUAACUUCAUGUGACAGUUGUUCCUGUGCUCUUUUCCACAAGUUACCUCAAUGAAUAGCUGAGCCACAUAGUCCCGAGCAAAGUCAGUUUUAAUUCCAAGUCUGUGCUGUAGUGGAGGCUGUUUAAAUACUUAGACCUUAAGGGAGCUCCUAGUUUAGGGAAUAAAGUUUCUCAGGGUUGCUGCGUCUGAUCAUUAACUCUUUGUGAAAUACAUUGGUGCUGAUGUCAGGUGAAGAAAGAAUUGGAUUUGGCCCUUGUGAAGUCAGUGAAUUGGUUUUCAACAAACUGAGGAAUAUAAUACAUGUACUAGUGUCUUAAAACCUCACUGCAGUAGCGUCUGGUGGUGGUGUAUGUCAUUUCAAAAUAUUUGUUGAUUUUGAACUGUAAAAAUGUUGGUGGAAAAUGGAGUAUUCCUUAUAUCGAUUCCAAGAACAUGCAUUUUUGGCUGGGUCGUUGACAUCUUAAUGUAGACGUUGUAAAAUAUAACAAAAACAAAUGUGUUUCGGUCUGCAGUUUAGUCAUAGUUAACUUCACUUUGCCAGCAAUAAUCUGAAAGAGCUUCUGCUGUUGGGAGGCAGUCGAGAUCACAUUAUUUAGUCUUGGUGGAGGAGGGGAGGAAUCAUAUAAUUAUCCAAGUUGUUGAAGGCAUAUUUAACAAGAAUUGUUGGUUAUUAAGUAUUUGACUAAUUUUAUGCAUUCACUGGUUGUAAAUGUUGCUGGUAGGGUUAGCAUCUGUUGCCCUUGAGAAAGCUGCUCCCUGAACAACUCCAGUCAUUAUCAUAAUGGUCCACCUUCUCUUGGGUUAGAAUAAUAUCAACAGAACAUAUGCAGUCUUAGCACAGAACAUGGCAAAUUUAGUUUGCAGGGUAACGUGUUUGUUGAGUGGUUAGAAAUGAGGUGUGUACAGAGAUACCAAUGAGGAAGGAUGGCUAAUGAGAACAGGCAGGAACACUACAGAAAAUCAGUAGGCUAAUAUUUAGCUUUGAGCAACUUUUAAACUGGAUAACUGCCAAAAUAACAGGAAGCAUGCAGACGUUAUAGCAGUCACUGCUCUAAGAGACCUCUACAGCAUGAUUCACAAAAUAUUUUGGUUGUUCUGUACAAAAGCACUGCUAUUGGUGCUGGAUUAAAAUGGAAGCUUAAUAGUAAUUCAGAAUUGUUUUACAGCAUUAUCUGUGCAAUACUUCUGUUUUUCUGAAGAUACCAAAGUUUAAUAGAUAACCUACUACUGUACUUCAUUCUUUUCAGAUUAAUAAAUAGAAUUUUGAUUUCAAGGGUAAAUGUUUGUCAAAGAAAAUGACUCCGACAGUUGUAUUGGACAGAAUAAACUGUCACAGUUUUAGUACAAAGACUAUGUGUAUAAAGAGGAUAUUUUUCACUAUCUGCCUUUUUGUUAACUAAAGUUGAAACAAAAACUAAUUUCUUUCUGUAACUUUCUAAAAAGCAUCAUAGUAUUUAGCAAAACAUUUGCUGCAUUAAAGUUUUGAGAGCUCAA